AUGGCCAAGCUUCACUCCGAAUUCGCAAUGAAGGAUCUCAGUAUCCUCAAUUCUUUUCUCGGUAUUUCGGUUACUCAUCAUGCAAAUGGCCUAUUUUUAUCUCAAAAAUCAUAUGUCGAAGAAAUCAUUGCUAGAGACAAUAUGUCAUCUUGCAAUCCUUGCUCUACUCCGGUCGAUUCUAAGGCAAAGUUAAGUGCGACUUCAGGUCCCCCUGUUGAGGAUCCAACUCUCUACCGUAGCCUAGUAGGCGCCCUCCAAUAUCUCACAUUCACGCGCCCCGACAUCUCCUACGCGGUGCAACAAAUAUGUCUCUUCAUGCAUGACCCUCGUCAAGAGCAUAUGCAAGCUCUAAGACGCAUCAUUCGGUACUUAAAAGGCACCCUCAAGCUCGGACUGCACCUCUACUCGUCCUCUCUCUCGGCUUUGAUCUCCUAUACCGACGCCGAUUGGGGUGGCUGCCCCGACACAAGGAGGUCUACCUCGGGCUAUUUCGUUUUUCUUAGUGACAACCUCAUCUCGUGGUCUGCCAAACGCCAGCCAACCCUCUCUCGUUCAAGCGCCGAAGCCGAAUACCGCGGCGUGGCAAAUGUGGUGGCUGAGUCGUGCUGGCUUCGCAACUUACUGCUGGAAUUGCGGUGUCCCAUUCGCAAGGCCACUGUUGUCUACUGCGAUAACGUCAGUGCAGUUUAUCUCACCAGCAACCCCGUGCAGCACCAACGAACAAAGCAUAUAGAAAUGGACAUCCAUUUCGUCAGGGAAAAGGUCAGCCGCGGACAGGUUCGAGUUCUCCAUGUCCCCUCUCGUUAUCAAAUAGCCGAUAUUUUCACCAAGGGGCUUCCGUAACAGCCUUAGCGUUCGAUUACCUCCCGCUACGACUGCGGGGGUGUAUUAGCCUAUGUAAAUGUGUAGUUGUGUAUUUACUAUAAUUGAUAAUCAUUCCCAAUGUACUCUGUAUAUAUACUCACAUACUAAGCAAUGAGAAGGCACGGAACAUAUUCCUACAAAAACAAACAAAACAAAACUAACGGAUAAACAAUAGCUUACAAAAUUACAAUACAAAAAUAUUUUACUUGCAACUUUCAGUUUGACAAAAACUGCAUUUGAUGGAGUAUUCAUCUCCAUCAUUGGCGUAGCAAAACUUGAUUAUAUACAUUAGCAAGGGGCAUUGGGAGCUAUGGGAUCGGGGCGAAUGUAAUACUCGCUAGCUAGCUUUUGGUAGGAGGCAAUGAAGAAGGAUGUAUCUUCUUUCGGAACCA